AUCGCAGCCGGCACCGAAAUCUCAUCGAUUUUCAGACAGCAGCUCGAAGGGAAUGGCGGAGGACUGGGACCUUUACGCCGUUGUGAGGAGCUGUACGUCGGCCGCCGUCAAUAGCAGCAGAGAUUCCGCCGUGGAAAGCAGCAUCAACAAUGAGAAUUGCGGCAGUUCCCGUGAGGAUCCUUUGGCUUGCUUGGCGUCGUUGACGUUUGAGGAAGAAGACGACCCCUUUACCUUUAAAAGUGGUUCGUUGCAUGAUUCUUACAAGCCCUUUUUGCCGAAAGUCGACCCCACCACUAUGAUCGCCACUAAUCGUGGCAUAGAUCCAUGUUCUUCGAGUUCUGUCCAUGGAGGAUCUAGUGGCCAACUUAAUCAUCAUCAUGAACAUCCCUCAACCCCCGCCGCCCCCGCCGUUGGGAUUGGCUCCCCGUUGUCUCCCGCUUCCGCUAGUAUUUUAGCUUUCGGCGGUUUCGGAAAUCAGCAACGACAACCACAGCAGCAGCAGCAGCAGCUGCAACAACGAAUUCAACCACCGGCUCAGACUCCAAGAUCAAGAAAGAGGAAGAACCAGCCGAAGAGAAACGUAUGCCAUGUAACGGCAGAUAAUUUGUCGUCGGAUCCUUGGGCAUGGCGUAAAUACGGGCAGAAACCCAUCAAAGGCUCUCCUUAUCCGAGGAACUACUACAGGUGCAGCAGUUCGAAAGGGUGUUCGGCGAGGAAACAAGUGGAGCGUAGCAAUACGGAUCCCAACAACUUCAUCGUUACCUACACCGGCGAACACACGCACCCUAAGCCCACUCAUCGGAAUUCUCUCGCCGGAAGCACUCGAAACAAGGUUUCAACUCAAACUGUUCAAAAGGCCGCCACCGUCAAAGAUUCCGCCCCGGAAACUAUGCCUACCACCACUGCUUCUUGCUCCUCUCCUCGCUCCGGCAGCAACAACCUCCCCAUAUCUCCCACGACCCCACUUUCGGCACCUGCAGACGCCGCCGCAGCCGUGCACAACGCAGGCGAAGAUGAAAGCGUCGACAUGGCUUUUGAAAUGGCACUGGACGGAGAAACCGACGACGACGACGAGCUUUUGAUCCCCAACGUGCAUGUAGAUGAAGAUCUUUUCAAAGGCUAUGAAGAACUUGUUGGAAGUUCUGUUGACUCUGCUGCAACCGGCGCCGCCGCCAGCGGUGGCUGUUAGAAUUAUUUUUUAUAU